AUGACCCGACAAGUGGAUAUCAAGGCAUUGGUAUCCCAUAUAGUGCGUGGAGACGGAGCAGACAGAUGCCGAAUAUGUAUGGGUGAUACAUCGGAAGGGCAAGUCCACUUGGAAGAUACGGUUAUGAUGGAUGGUGAAAAGCCCGUGACACUCGCUGAGUUGUUAGAAGUAAUCACAGGAGUAGAGGUGCUGCUGGACGAUGACCUGCCCGUAGGACUCUGCUCCACAUGUUCAGUAUCGGCUCUAGAAGCAGCUGACUUCAGAUCACUCUGUCAUCAAGCUAUCUUACAGUGGGACACAACUGUAGAACUUCUAAACAAUCUGCCACCUAUUACGGAAAGUAAUAAAAAGGUGAUUGCUGUAAUAACGGAAAAUACUAUAUCUUUUCCUGUUCAAAAAGUAAAAGAAAAUAAUGAAGUACCUAAACUUCAAAAUAAAGCAAAGGAUCGAAAUAUUAAAAGCAGAAAGUGUCAAUGUCCGUUUUGUGGUAAACGGUUUCUAUAUGCGAAACAUCUGUGUCAGCAUCUGAAAGAGUCAUCAGAUAAUCAACGAGCCUGCCACAUCUGUGCUGAAAUAAUGUCUAGAGACGAACUAGUGAAACAUUUAUUAGAGACACAUAGUAGAGAACCGCAUGCUUGCAAGAAAUGUCCAGCUAUGUUUCAAUCAAAUAAACAAUAUAAAGAGCACUUAGGCAGGGCACAUGCUUCUGGGGCGUGUACAUGUGGAGAAUGUGGUCAAAACUUCCAAAGUUCUUAUGCCUAUUAUGCUCAUCUAUCUGUUCACACGCCGAAACGAUGUCCUAGCUGUGACGAGUUGUUCAGAAACCAAAAAUGCUAUUAUUAUCAUGUUAAACGAUGCUGCAACCUGGACAGAGAUCGUGCAGACACCCAUAGAACAAAAUCUAAAGUAACUGUAACAGUUAAAAAGAAAAAUAGAGACAUAAGAGUUGGUAUGAGAGGCAGUGCAGACUCUGAGUGUAUAUGUGACUAUUGCAACAAAAAAUUUGCUGGCAAAAAAUUUGUUGCAGCACACAUUCAGAUUGUUCACAUGAAAAACACUCAUCGGCCCUGCGUAUACUGUGGGAAAUCCCUCGCGGCUGCACAUAUGACCACUCAUAUUAAAAAACAUCUGACAAUUGAAUCUUUUCAAUGUGGUUACUGUGGAAUAAUACUAAAAACUAAACUAGGGUACAGCCAACACUUACGUCUGCACACUGGAGAAAGACCAUACGCUUGCAAAUUCUGUGGAGAAACAUUUACAGCAUCGUCCAGGCGUUCAGAACAUGUGAGAAAGUGCCACCAAAUGACAGAAGUAGUUUUAAAACAUGCUUGUGAAUUCUGUCCUGCAAAAUUCAGGCUACCGUACAGAUUAAAAAAACAUAUUAGCUCUGUUCAUGGCGGAGGGAAAGAACAAUUGCUGUUUGGCUGCAAUAUUUGCCAACAGAAAUUCAGUAGUUGUCGCGGAUUGUUGCAUCACAGUAGAAAACAUCAAGAAACUGUUGAGAAACCAGAGAAUAUUUCUAUGCUACCAUUAAAUCCUACUGUUUAG